CCUGUGUCUGUGCAACCACUCUUCGAGCCGUGGCCGGGAGGAAUGCAACACACACACCACCUACUAGAGCUUCAUUGGGAGAGGAAGAGAACAGUGAAGAGGAUGAAAUUAUGACUGAGGAGGAUCAGUUAGGGACAGAAAGAGGUGCGGAGAGGGCGCAGACAGAGAGUGACAGUGAGGACAGUAGCGAUAAUGAGGAGGAAACAGCAACGGACAUGCUACCUCCAAGAGGAACCAACAGCCAUACUGUCCCCAAACCAUCACAGACCAUUAAAAAGAGCCUGAAACAGGAAGACCAAACUCAGCGCUACACGGAGUUGAGGUAUUUGGUGCUGACCACUGACAUGAAAUUGGGAUAUCUUCAAGAGCUGGAGAAAGAGGCCAAGUGGGCAUACAAAAAAGAGAAAGACCAGCUGGAAUUGAAGAAGGAAACCUUCAAAAAAAGUGAGAAAUCAAUGCUGUCAGACAUGAAAAGUAAGACAAAGGAGGCACUGAGAGUGCAAGAGGUAGAAAUUGAAAAGGGUCAGAAAAGGGUUGAAAAGGAACUGAAAUUAGAGGCAGCCAACCUAAAAGCCUGCUUAAAAGGGUACAGAAAGGAUAUGAAAGAGGAAGCAAAAAAGGGAAAACAAAGGCAGAAGGUUCUUAAGAAGCAACGACAAGAGGAAGAGAAACGCAAACUUGCAGAGCAGAAAAGGUUUGAAAAACAGCAGGAGAAAACAUUUCAGAGGCAGCUGGACGAGGAGAGAAAAAAGAGUGAAGCUGAAAUCAUGAGAGCACAUGAGGAAGGGAAAAAGGACGAGAAGGAGAGGGAAAUGAAUGAGAAAAUGCAGAUGGAGGAAAACAUGAAGUUGAAGAGACAGCUUAAAUAUGAUGAAAGGAAACGUAAAAACAACAGGAGAUGGACUAUAAGAAUUGUCAAACGUGAUGAGUUGACUGACAAAAUAAGCGCUGCACCACGACGUUUUUGCCAAGCCGUGACCAAGCUUUUCAGGCCAAGUUUUGGAAAACAAGUAGAGAAAAGUUUGAAGGAAACACAAAAGGCAGAAUUGCUGAGGUUCCAGCAUGAAAAGGACUACAUGAAGGAGGAUUUCGAGAGAAGGGUAAAGCAGACACUGGAGAUGUAUAAAGUGGAGGAGGAGAGAAAAUGGUGUCUGGAAGACAGGCAGAAAGUGCAUGCUGCCGAGAAGGAGGCAAACGAGUGGAACCGUAAAAUGCGGGUUGGGCUGUCAAAGGUGAGGGGCAGUGCGAGUCGCAUCAAUAUGUUUUGAGAGGAGGCGACAGGACACCAAGAAGGAGCAAGUCAGACAAAAGUGGUUCAAAAGAAGCAGAGAAGUAACCCAAGGGGGAGGAGAGCGCAUCUUCACAGGAACUGCUGUCAUAAAGCUCUUUUAUAUGAAUGGGUUGUAUGAGAAGUGCCAGGGCAUUGUUACCAAGGUAAGACAGAUGUCCUUGUUAUUUAAAAUCUAGAGCAAUGAUCUGGACUGGGAGUAAAGUAGGGGUUAGGUUUGGGCAACACCAUUGUCUACAAGGUUAAGCUCACAUGAUGCCAAUAGCAUUUGCACAUUUAAACUGUCUGACCAACAAGGUCAAAGUAUAAUUAUAGGAUUGAGUACUGCCUGAAGUUGUUUAAAGCACACUUUAAAAUGAUCCUUGCUUUCAUUCCAUGCAGGCUCACACUAAAUGUGUCCUGGCCACACAAACGAGUAUCAUACAACAUGGCAGCCAAGAGAACACCACUGUGGAAGCAGAUCUUUCAGACCCAGCGGGAACUCUCCAAACUAAAAGGUAGAAAUUGAACUGAAAAGGUAAAAAGGUAGAACGAUUAAAGUGACGUUUUAAUUGCUUACAUCAAAUGAAGAGUUGAUUGCAAACGUAAAUGGUGCUUGUUUCAGUGAAUAUCUGGUCUUUGUCUUGUAUAAAUAGAUGUUUAUAACUAUAUGAUCAUGGUUAGAUAUGCAGACAAACUUUUCUUUGAUGAAUGGAAAUUGUCAGAUGUUUUACCCUGCUACAGUCUAGAGAAGACAUGAAUGAUGCUGUGACACUAAUGAGCUCGACUUUUCCUCUUUCAGCUUCUCUCGAAUAUCGGCCAUCCGUCUGCUGUCCCAGCACCUGCCCAAGGAGGACGGGUUCCCCCAAAAGCCAGGGUCCUCCCAAGGUUUCUUUUAGCUUCUGGGAGUUUUUCCUUGCCACUGACGCCUAUGGCUUGCUUCUGGGGGCAUGAGGAGUGUUAAUUUCUAUUUUAUACAUAAUAAUAAAAAAAAAU